UAAUUCAUGUCUCUGCUCUCACACUAUUUCUUGCUAAUUCAAACACAAAUCAACACACCACACUUCCAGAACUCCUCUCACUCUACUGAAAUCAGUAAUUGCGCAACCACUGACUUUAAAAUUAUAAUUGGGGUUCGUCAAUUCUUCAUUGCAAAAGAAUUGAAUGGCCGAGUCGCCUUUGCAACUCGUCUCCGAAAUCGGUACCGAACUCCUUCAACUCACUCGCUUCAACAAGAGCGUAUUCCUCAAAUUGCUCAAACAAGCUGCCAGUGUUUUGUCAGAAAUCGAACAGCCUGCAACACCGGAAACUUCCAGAAAGCAAAAGGCUCUAAAGGAGUUAGAAAAUGCCACAAAGCCUUUGAGAAAAUCUAUCCUCAAGCAUGGCCUGAUUCAAAAAAAUGAUAAAGAUGUUAGACUCUUUGUGGUCAUAUGUGUCAGUGAAAUUUUUCGGAUCCUGGCACCUGAACCACCUUUUGAAGACAAAUAUCUUAGGGAAGUCUUUGAAGUUAUUGUUGGAAUUUUUAAGGAGCUGGGUGAUAUUACGUGCCCUUUUUUUUCAAGGAGAGUUAAAAUAUUAGAGACUGUUGCUCGAUGUAAAUGUUUUGUGAUAAUGCUGGAUAUUGACUGCAAUGAUUUAGUUCUGGAAAUGUUUAACAACUUUUUCUCAAUUGUGAGUGAACGCCAUCAACCAGGUUUGGUUAGUGAUAUCUUGUCUAUAAUGGUGCAUACUUUGAAUGAGGAACCUUCUCUGCAACUUCUGGAAGUAGUUUUGCAAAAUCUUGUAAGGCAGGAAAAGGGUGCACCUUCUGCUGCCUCACAGCUUGCUGUUACUGUCAUUCAAAGUUGUGCAGAAAAACUUCAGCCCUUUGUUUGUGGGUUCUUAACAUCUUGUUUUUUGGACAGAGAUGCUACAUUGAGUGAACUCAGAGAAUUAUAUCAUGAAAUUAUGUUUAAAAUUUUUCAAUGUGCUCCUCAGAUGCUUCUUGCUGUCAUCCCAAACUUGAUUCAAGAAUUAUCUAUUGAUCAGGUUGAUAUCCGGAUAAAAGCCCUUAGUCUAAUUGCAAAACUCUUUGCUUUACCAAAAAAUGGUGUUGCAGAAAGAUAUCGUGAUCUUUUUGUGGAGUUCUUGAAAAGGUUCUCUGACAAAUCUCCUGAAGUUAGAAUGAAAGCUCUGCAAUGUGCUAAAGCUUACUACUUGGCCAAUCCAUUUGGGGCAGAAUCUCAUGAAGUUCUGUCUGCCCUUGAAAGUCGACUAUUAGACUUUGAUGACAAAGUGAGAACGGAGGCAGUGAUUAUUGCUUGUGAUCUUGCCAAGUCGAACCUGAAAUUUCCACCUGACCUAAUAUUUAACGUUACUGAAAGACUUCGGGAUAAGAGGAUAACAGUUAGAAAAAAGGCCUUGCAAAAGUUGCUGGAAGUAUAUCAAGAUUAUUGCAGAAAGUGUUAUGAAGGCCGCAUGACAAUAUGUGAUCCUUAUGAAGAAAUUCCAUGUAAAGUUAUGAUGCUUUGCUAUGAUAAAGAUUGCAAGGAGUUCAGGUCUCAAAACGUUGAGCGGAUUCUUCUGGAGGAAUUGUUUCCUAUUCUUGACAUUGAGGAGAGGACAAGGCACUGGGUUCAUUUGUUUUCUCUUUUUGAGCCACUUCACAUGAAGGCACUAAACUCUAUUUUAUCUCAGAAACAAAGGUUACGAACUGAAAUGCGACUUUAUUUGUCUCUACGGAAGAAAGAGAAGGAAAAAUCUCCAGAAGAAACGCAGAAGAGAAUUAAGAGUUUAUUUACAAAAAUGUCAGCUUCCUUUGUGGAUUCUUUUAAAGCAGAAGAGUGCUUUCAGAGGUUAAACAAGUUGAAAGAUAAUAACAUUUUCAAUGCUCUGGAUGAAUUAUUGGAUGAACUAACAAUUGAAAAUGCCAAGGCUACUAGAGUUAAGCUUCUAAAAUUGGUGGGAGAAAAACAUCCAGAUUUUGAUUUUUUGCAACUACUCUCCUCAAAAUGCAUGUAUAUUUUUGAUUCAGAUCAUGUCCGUUGCAUUGUGGAUGGUCUUUCCAGUAACAAAUUUAGAGAUAAGCAGUUGGAGGCUUCUGUUAAUCUUCUUUUGGCUAUUGUCAGUAUGUUUCCUUUGCUUCUGAGAGGUUCUGAAGAGAAGUUCCUAAAGUUGCUAAAGGGGAAUGACAUGGUUAAUGAUAAGCUGAUCGAAGUUUUGGCAAAAGCCGGCUCUCAUAUUUCUCUCAAAUUUAGUGACAUUUACCCUUUGUUGGAGGGAUUGUGUCUUGAGGGAACUCGAGUGCAGUCCAAAUCUGCUGUUUCUGCAAUUUCUUCAUUAAGUGGCACUUCUCAGCAACUUGUUUUCUCAAACUUAUGCAAGAGACUUGUGGAGUCCCUACACAGGGGGUGGAAAAUUCCAACUGUCUUGCAAUCAUUGGGUUGCAUUGCACAAUAUUCUGUCUCGACUUUUGAAACUCAAGAUGAAGAUAUCACACCAUAUAUAUAUAAAAACAUCAUUCAAGUGGAACUCUUAGAUGAUCUAGCCUCAUUCAAUCAGACUUGUCAGUCUGAUGCUUCUUGUGAUUUGAAGAUUUUUGGGCUCAAAACUCUUGUCAAGAGUUUCUUGCCACAUCGAGGAUCUCAUGUCAAGAGGAAGAUUGAUGAAUUGCUAAAUGUUUUGUCUAAGAUGCUCCCAAGAGCUGACACUUCUGAUGAUCUCCUUUUAUGUGAAAGUAUAAGAUUAGCUGCCGCAAAAUCUGUUCUCCGGCUUUCGAGAAGAUGGGACUUGCAUAUUUCACCAGAGGUUUUCUCUUCUACAAUUUCAGUGGUCAAGGACCUGUCUGCAUCUGCUCGUAAAUCAUAUCUUCAUAAAACGUACAAGUUGUUAAAGGCACAUCUUCUACCCAGUAGAUAUGCAUGUGCUUUUGCAUUUGCUGCCUCUGAUUGCCCAAAGGAUAUGCGAGAUGAUGUUUCCAAUUAUAUGGAAAAAUUCAUCAAGCAAUACAGUAUAGAAGCUCGAAUUCGCCAGAAUUCUGCAGCACAAGGGGUGUCAAUUACUGAUUACCCAGCAUAUGUAGUGGUAUUCUUGAUCCAUGUUCUUGCACAUGAUAAGAACUUCCUACUUGAAAACUUUCAAGAUGAAGGGAAGAUUGCUAAGUUUUUUUGUCCACUUUUUUCAAUACUGAAGGCAUUAGUCAAUGCAUGUAUUGUUGAUGGUGACAUGGAUCUUGUUAAAGAUGCUAUCUUAUAUUUGUUUUGUAUCUUUCGUGCUAUUAAAAGAGCUGAGGAUGCUGUUGAUGCUCAGAAAACUCCUAAUUUGCAUGUUCUAGCAAACAUUGGAAUAGCCAUUGUGAAUGAAUUAAAUCAUAAUGGCAUGCCUUCCUCACGUGCCCCUGGACUGAUUCUUUUGCCAUCAUCAUUAUAUCAAAUUAGUGUUGCUAGGAAGAGUGAAGAGGUUAGUUUAAAACUUUUUCCUCAAGUCAGUUUUGAACAAAGUUUUGUUGAGCGAGUAGUUCAUAUUUUCAAAUCUAAUUUUUCCCUGACUGCAAGGAAUUUUUUUCCUAAACGUAGCCAAAGGCGUCAAGUAGAUAGCACAAAGCCAGCUAUCACUUACAGUGAAAUGGACAUGGUAGUAGGCAAGCAACAUGAUUUGCCAACAUUUAGUGCAAUGGAGUCCAAAAAUAAACAUGUUAGGAAGGAAACCAGUGCAAGAUGUAACCAGAAAAUGGUUCAUUCCUCUACUGCGCAUGUAACAAGUGGAUUGCUCAAUAAGUGUUUUACUGCAGAGGAGUGCAAAAAUGGUGCAAUUAAUAGUUCAGCAUUAAUUCUGGAGAAAGGGCUACUUUCUUCCUGUGAUUCUGUAGCUAUGGAAAGUAUUACUGAAUCACAAGUUUCAUCUCAGAAUAAUGAAAUAAGAGCUGAUUCUUUGAAAGAGAAUGUUGAGCUGUAUAGUAGUAUUCCUGCUGAACCUUCGAAAUACUCCACAGCUAAGUUCAAGGAUCCUUGCAGUUCAAAGACCUCAUAUGAUAGUCGGGAGGUUCAGUUAUUAUGCUUGGACAGUGAGGACUGUGAGACUAUUGGUGGUGACUCCUUGUCAGAAAGAGUAAGAGACGUUUUGUUGCAAGAGGAUUCAAAGACCAUUCAUUUACGGAAUGGUAAUCUGAAGAAAUGGGUUGAUACAUUUGGAGAACCUGCUGGCCAAGAGCAAAAAACUUCAUCAAAACAGGAGUGUGGAAAGUUUUCUGGCAGAACAGUUCCUUUGGCUGUUAAGGGAAAGAGGGGACGAAAAACUUUGGAAGAGAUGUCAGUCUCAGAAGUCAUCAAUUUAAAUGACGACGUUGGUCUCAGAAGAAGUCAGAGACAGAAAGUUAAAGCGGCUGCCAUGGUAUAAUUUAGUUUUACUUCUAUCAGAAAACUACUUCUGGUAAUUGUGACAACACAAAAAAUUGUUUAAGUUAGGAUUAAAACUAGCUGAGAUGUCAAAUAUAUCUACUCUUAGCUGUCUUCAGAGUAGUUUGUAGUUGACUGAAUUCGUGGAUUUCAAUGGAGGCAACAUUGCGUAUUAAAAUUCCACUUUCUUAUUGGAGUUACCAUCCA